UGAACAGCGACGUCCGGUGCGUUUUUUAGCCGUUAAUGUGCUCUUUACCGUUAACGGCGCACGUUGAAACUUAAAAGUCCGUGCGUUUCUCUGGUCACGAAUCGGAAAGCAAAACCAGAACAAAAUACGGAAAUAGAAAUAGAAGUCAAUCUAAAACGCAAAGCCAACGGCCUCUCCAGCACUGAUUGCUCAGUGAAGCCAACAAUAUCUCCACCUGAAAGACUUCUAUUCUGUCGCUAUAACUUAGCUUUAGUACCGGGGUUCAACUCAGUUAUGGCCGGGCGUGGUCUGAGUCACGGGUUCCGAGUUGCGAAUUCGGGGAUGAUGUCUCCGCCGUUUGAUCCUGCUUCAUUGGACGUCGGAAAUAAGUUGUGACUACAGGGUUGUUUGUUGCUCGUUAUGAUUUGUUAGAGUUUGAUCUCGCCGUUGAUUUGUUGAAGACUCAUAGAUCUGAGGUGUCGGUGGUGAUCAAUGGCGUCGGUGUUUUCAGUUCUCUCUGGGUCAUUGCAAAGGUUCCCAAGUGUUUUGCUCCAGGUUUUGGUCAUUUCAUGUUUCAUAAUUUACACUAUGGAUGCCAUUUUGGCUGAUCGUCUACCUGAAGCCCCGUUAGAAUCUCCCACUAUAAUACCUCUGGCUGCACCGGCUGUUCCUGUUCAUCCCAUGCCAGCCAAACUGUCCCCGCUACAAAGACAUCGACGAAAACAUUUGUCUCCUCGUGGUACCCCAGCAGCCGCAGUAGGACCAGCACAGCCUCCUCUUAAUAGCCCGCUGGUAACUUCGGGUCAGCCACCUAGGAGUUCAUUGUUCUCAGAACCAUCAAUGAAGAGGAAUUCAGUGCCUCCAAGUGUUGCCCCAACAAAGUCUGGUGAUGGUGCAUUUGCUCCUGGUUUAGUGCAACCACCAUUAUCUCCAAACGACUCCAAUUGUUGCAAACCAGAUAUGGUGUCAAAAAGAGGGAGUCAUGGUUGUCACUGCGUGUAUCCUGUAAAACUUGACCUUCUCCUUAUGAAUGUCUCACAAACUCGUAACUGGAAUACGUUUCUAGACGAAUUAGCAUUCCAACUUAGUUUGCAGAAUUCUCAAAUAGAGAUCAUAAACUUUUAUGUAGUCGGCUUAUCAAGUUUAAAUAUCUCAAUGGAUAUUACACCACAUACGGGAAUCAGUUUCUCUGUUGUUGAUGCAUCCCAGAUAAACUCUUCUCUUGCCACACAUAAAGUUCACUUUGAUCCUUCACUGGUGGGUGAUUACAAACUACUCAAUUUUACCUUGUUUGAACCUCCAGCAUCAUCACCAGCUCCUAUUAUUGCUUCAUCUCCUGCGGGAGCUCCAAUGUAUAAAUCAUCAGCUUCUGCAACAAAUAAUGCACCAGACAAAGGGAAACACUCAAAUUUGAUUCUUCUUAUUGGUAUUGGUGCUGGCAUAUUGAUCAUUUUCAUUAUAUCUGUGCUUAUAAUAUGGUCAUGUGCGUUCCGUGAAGCGAAGCCUAAAAGCUUUCCGAAAGAGACUGAAAAGCCAAAAACUACUGAUGGAGGUCCUGUAGGAGGAUCUCUUCCUCACCCAACCAGUACACGGUUUUUAGCCUAUGAAGAACUUAAAGCAGCUACAAAUAACUUUGAAUCUGCAAGCAUACUCGGAGAGGGUGGGUUUGGUAGAGUUUUCAAGGGUGUCUUAAGGGAUGGCACAGCUGUAGCAAUUAAGAGGCUCACUAAUGGAGGGCCACAAGGGGAUAAAGAAUUUUUGGUUGAGGUUGAGAUGCUUAGCAGGUUGCAUCACCGUAAUCUUGUAAAACUUGUUGGCUACUAUAGCAAUCGCGAUUCUUCACAAAACCUACUCUGUUAUGAACUUGUUUCUAAUGGAAACUUAGAGGCAUGGCUCCAUGGUCCCCUGGGAGUAAAUUGCCCUUUGGAUUGGGAUACCAGAAUGAUGAUUGCACUUGAUGCUGCUCGUGGACUUGCCUACCUUCAUGAGGACUCACAACCCUGUGUUAUACACAGAGAUUUUAAAGCGUCCAAUAUUCUUCUGGAGAAUAACUUCCAUGCCAAAGUGGCUGAUUUUGGCCUUGCCAAACAGGCUCCAGAAGGCAGUGCAAAUUACCUGUCCACUCGUGUUAUGGGUACAUUUGGGUAUGUAGCACCUGAGUAUGCAAUGACGGGACAUUUACUGGUAAAAAGUGAUGUUUACAGUUAUGGAGUUGUCCUCCUUGAGUUGCUGACUGGCAGAAAGCCUGUGGAUAUGUCACAGCCAUCUGGGCAGGAGAAUCUUGUCACUUGGGCAAGACCGAUUCUCAGGGACAAGGAUCGACUAGAGGAACUUGCUGAUCCAAAGCUUGGAGGGAAGUACCCAAAAGAUGAUUUUUUACGCGUAUGCACAAUUGCAGCUGCUUGUGCUGCCCCUGAAGCAAGCCAACGUCCCACAAUGGGCGAAGUGGUACAAUCUCUCAAAAUGGUCCAGCGUAUCACAGAAUAUCAAGAUUCUGUGUUAACCUCUUCCAAUAAUCGGCCCAACCCAAGACAAUCAUCUACCACUUUCGAGUCUGACGGGACAUCUUCAAUCUUCUCAUCUGGUCCAUAUUCUGGUAUGAGCACCUUUGAAAAUGACACCCUCUCCCGGACUGCAGUUUUCUCUGAAGAUCUCCAUGAAGGGAGGUGACACUUCAAAAAUUAGUUUAACCAGAAGAACAUUUCCUAUCAGAAGCUUUUUAUGGCCACACGACUUUCGGGUGGGAAGUUUGUUAUUGAAGCUUCGAAGGUAUGGAGUAGGUUUUGUUUUUGUUCGACUUUGAAAUUGCAUAGGGUUUCUAGUAUUGAUUGGUGGGAAUUAUAAUGACUUGUAGAGAAUCCACUGUGCAGUUUUCCUCUAGCCAGUGAUUAUUUCCUACAUGUUCAAUGAAAUUUUGUACAUAAUCCUUGUAGCUUGCGUGUUGGAUUCUCCAUCGUCCUACUUUCCAAAUUCAGGUAAUCUCAGUUCCUUUUCCCUCUCUGGACCUUUAUUGUUUUAUUAAGCAAAAAUAGUUACAAUAUAAACCUCAUCGUAA